GUCGUUUCGAGCUCGAGUUUUUCCCGCUGACCGAGAGCACACAAGCUGGAGCUGAGGAAGCCCAGAAGCAGCAGUAGCAGCCGGAGCAGGAGCAGGAGCAGGGAGCCAGGAGCACGGAGAAAGAGCAAGGAGCAAGGAGAAAGGAGAAAGGAGCAAGAGAGAGCGGAGAGUAGCGAGCCCAGCAGCCAGCGGUUCGUCCGAGGAGUGAAAUUCGAGGCGGGGCGCGCAGGGAGUGGGUGUACGAGUGCGACUACGACAACGACGACUGCCACAUAAAGUGGAAAUCCGAAACGCCUUGAGGAGAGGCAGCGACGUCGACGUCGACGUAGCGACAGCGACUGCGACGCCGACCGAGGCAGAGGCAGAGGGACACGCGUCAGGCGGCCAAGCAAAAGGCAGACAAACAGGCAAAUCCUGCUGAGACGACACGACGAGUCCUUGCUCGUCGGUUCAAACGUGCGGAACACUCUUGAAGCCAGGCGAUACAAAAAAGAAUAUAACAAAAAAAUAUAUACAAAAAAAAAAAAACACACACACUAGAAGCAAAGCUAGUCCACUAAACAUCCAUCACCCAGAACAAGGGAAAGUUUUCACACCACAUGAAGAAAGCUGAAUAACAACACAAGAAAAUUAUAUACCCAAGAAACCAAAGUGCCGCGAAAAAACUAACUAAUAAGCCUAAGGUCUAAAUCGAAAUCGAGUGACUGGCCAGUGAGUAAACGCCAAGUUAAGUGCCCGAAAAAAUAGAAAGUUAAUAUCGAAAAUUAACGACACCAUAAACGGUCGUUGCAAGGCAUUCACAAAAAGCAAGAGCCAAAAAGUUUGAAAAAAAGAAAGAAAAAACAUAAAAUUCGGAAAACUUCGCAAAGUUUCAAAACUUCGAAAAAAAACUUCGGUGCAGGCCAGUGUAGUGCAAUGCCAGGCUUAGGCCGGCACAGUGUUGGUCAGCGGUGUGGGGCCUGAAGACCCACAAAAGCCGUGUGUGCAAAGCAUCGAAAGCCCAGAGAGAAACAUUGAUAUCGGGACUUUCCCUCACCACCACUCACCACUCACCGCUCACCGCCACCAGCCCCCCAAUAACCACCUGCCACCUGUCUCUAUAACUCCCGCCCCCCCCCAACACCAAACACCAAACACCGAACACCAAACACCACCCCCCCGGACUAACAAGCUAUCUGUAUUUCCCCCUGGUAAACCCAAACCGAAACCGCCAAGAUAAGCCGUCUAAUCGAGAAGCUGCGCCAGACCAACAAACGGAAAAUGUUCUGCUCGCUGGCCCAGACGCUCUUCUGCGUCCUGCUCAUCCAGGGCGGCCUCUACGCCCUCCACCUGAGCGGAAACGGAAAUGGCAACGGGAACGGGAACGGGAACGGAAACGGUGAAAAGUCGCUGGGCGAAGGUGCCAAGGUGGUGCAGGUGCCCAGUCAUCCUGUGGGACCCUCGACGGGAGCCGCCGCCGCCUGGCAGACCGCACCCUCGCAGCAGCAGCAGCACCAGCAGCAUCCCGGUGGAUCUCCGCCGGGCGGUGGAUCCUCGCCGCAUGGCCAUCGGUCCGCCGCAGCGGCCGCCUUCGAUGCCACCACCGUGCGGCUGAACAAGGAGAUAGCGGACAUGGCCCAGCUGGAGCGGGAGCGACUGAUGCUCCUGGCCCGCGCCAAGCAGACGGCGGAACAGCCGCCGGCGGGCAGCAAUCAUCGCGGCCAUCCCUUCAUCGCCGGCCGGAUACAGAUGCAGCCCAGCGAGGAGCUGGACGUGGGCGACUAUCCGGCGCUGCUGCAGCAGGCCGCUCGUGGCUACAUCUUUGGCAAUGUCCAGAAGCAGCCGCCAACGCCGGUUACACUGGAGCAGGAUUACGAGCAGCUGAGGGAGCUGGAGAACAGACCCGUAAAAUACUACGGACGGGUGGUGCAGCCAGCGGAGAGGGAGGAGCAGGCGGAGGCUCUCUACGAACCGCUGCACUCGUUCGGCGACUUUGAUGACUUCUCGGAACUGGAGCAGGAACCCCAGGAGCCCCACAUGGGCGAGGAUGAGUUGCUGCGAGAACUGGACGCCUAUCAGUAUCACGGCCUGGAGGACGAACCCCUCCCGGAGAAUCCCUACCGCACGCUGGAGCAAUUGGAACUGGGUGCACCGGACUCCUUGCAACAGCUCUUCGAGCAGGAACAGGAGCAGCGAGACGCCCCCUUCAAGACGAUGCACUCCGGCAAAACCCACAACCCGGGCAACUACAACAUACGGGUGCAGCAAAAGUGGGCCAGGAAACGAAAUGGCCAGGGAAUCGCCCAUAAUUCCGAGGCUGAAAAGCAGCUGCAGCGCCAGAUCUUCGCCCAGCACUUCAAGCCGCAGCGAACUGGCAAACUUUCACUGUCCGCCAACUCGGAGGCCACGGCCAGCAAGCACCUGAAGCCAUCCAGUCGCUCCGGCUCCAAGGAUAUCGAGAAGCCACAUAGCGAGCUAGCGGGCAGUGCAUCCUCCUCCACUUCUUCCUCCGGCAAACAAAUAGCCGACGAUGGACAACCUAAGCAGCAGCAGGUGGAGCAACAGUCGCAGCAGGACAAAAAGGAUCCCAGCCACAAGCGAUCCGGAUCCGUAUCCGGAUCCAUGGGAUCGCCAGGAGGCGGCUACUCCGCGCAGCCACCGAUUUCCCACAGCAUAGCCAGCCAGCUGAUGCUGCGCACCGCCCGCGGGCAGCGGCAGUACGAUGUGCCACAAAUCGAGUGUCCUACGGCCAUGGAUGGCAUGGAGCGAUUCGCCUGCCCCAUUCCCGAUCGGCAGGGCAGAUACCGCUGCAUAGACGAUCAUGUGCUGUGCGAUGGCUUCAUCGACUGUCCCGACGGCGAGGACGAGGACCGAAGAUCCUGCAUGUUCUACAAGACGACGAAGGCCCAUCUGGAUGUGUUAGCGGAUGCGUUACUGCGCUGGGCGCGAGGGCGUUAAGCUCCACCCACCCACCAAUCACACACACACCCUCUCUAAUACACACGACACACACACACCCACACACACACACAGAAAGUACACCUAGAGAACUCACAUGGACAAACAAUUAGUUUUAACAUGUCGCCCCAAGCAAACAAGAGCCCCGUUAAGUUAAACAUUAUCCAGGAACCGGACACACAGACAAGCCAACCACCCGCCUAUCCUUUGACAUGAGAAAGAUUCCCCAGAGAAACCCCAAAACAAAAAAACCCCAGCCACACAAUGCAAAAAUACAGCUCGCGAUGGGCUAAAUGGACAAUUGCCAAGUAAGAAAAGCGAAAGCUAUGAUUAAACGCAAAAUGAGGCAGAAAAUGUGCUUGACGAAAGGUAUGAUUAUUAUUACACUAUUAUUAUUAAAAAUGAACUUAAUGAAAAGCCCAAACAGAAGAAGCAGUUAUACAUACUAAAGCUAAAUUACAAUUCAGCAAAAGGACAAAAAAAAAACGAUGUUUUUUUCAUUUUUAAACUUGUUUCGCAGGAACAGAAAACAUAAUGAGGAAAAAUAAA